CUAGGAACAGCGCGACCUUCGGCCUAAAUCCAGCCCUCUGGGACGCCACAGGUACGCUGUGGCGCUCCCAGUUAGCUGCUCGCACUUCUCUCACAGCCCUCGCAACGCUCUGGCCGACGCCCGCAACCGAGUCUGUGAGAAAGUGAGGAGUAAGAAGGAUGGCCGACGACGCCCCAGCAGCAAAACGCCCCAAAAGCGCACCCAGCGAGGAGACCUACCCCCACCAGCGCAUCAGCAUCGAGGUGGGCGAAAGAACAUUCAGAUGUUCAAGAAGAACGUGGACGCAAAUAGAAACGUCAGUAAUAGCGGUGGCCGUGUCGCUCACGACACCUGGUGAAGAGCCGAUCACGCUCGACUCGUUCUUCGACGAGCCUCCCCAUGCCUUCGAGCGCGUCGUGACGUAUCUGCGGUCGAACUGCACGAACUACGAGCCGCCACGCGACGACGUGGACCUCGACGCGACGGCCACGACGGCGCGGAAGCUAGGCUUCGCGCGGUACGCGGCCCAUUUGAAGCUAGAACGAGUACGACGCGACUUAGAAAGGGAAGCGUUAUAUUUAGACAGUGUGUUACGAAGAACGAAGAUCUGCGUCGACGACUGGCGGCGACGAACGAGGCAGGUCGACGUGAAACCGAUCAUCUUAGAUGUGGACGCGGGCGACGACGCGCACCCGCCGGCGUCGGAGCGACUGAGGCAAUUAGCACCUGCCUUAGAAGACACGGACGCGUACGGCCACGCGCGGCACUACGCGGUGAAAGCCGCAACGCCGUUGCGCGCGAAGAGCGGCAUGGAGGCCGAUGCUAGAGGUUCAUCGAAGGUGUGCGUUUUACUAGAAAGCGAGCGGCCGCUGCGGGAUGCGCGGGACCAGAGCCACCUCCCGCACAACUUGUUGUACUGCGCUCGGCUCCAGGAGGACAUUAUAUUUCGGCGACUUGGAUUACAAAGGGUCUUGUGCCGCUUCCCGCUGGAACAUCGCAAAAGAUCUACUGUGAUAUCGUCGGCGCAUCUAUCAAGAGACCUGUACCGCGACCUAUACGCCUAUCAAGGCCACGAGCUCAACGAGAGCGAUCGCGCGGACGGCAUCGAGUUCGAAAGGCCGUUAUAUGGGCUGACGGGCGCGCCGGAGGGGCGGCCCUUCGUGAGCCUGCCGCAGCCGAAGCCUAGCUGUAGGCAGCAGCAUCCUAGUUGGCAAGAAGACGACGAGGACGACCAGCUCUGGUUCGACGCGGACCCGACGGAGCAGGCGCGCCACGACCUGCUGACGCGGCUGCUGGCCGAUCUGGACGGCUAGUCCUGCGUAAGACUCGGAAGC